CACGGAUAUCUUCCCGGUGAUAGAGCCGUUGUACACGGGUAGGGGAAUCUGAUCGGACACCGUUGCAGCCGUUGGUACCAUGGAGAUCGGUACCGAGAUCAGCCGCAAGAUCAGGGUAGGGAUAUCACUGUGUGCCUGAGGGGAGGGGUGUAUGGGGUAAACUAGGAGAUCCGAACCAGAGAGAGAUCAUCCAGCUGGACCCUGUAACAGGGGGGAGAGGGGGGCUGCUGGACCCUGUAAUAUGGGGGAGAGGGGGGGGGCUGGACCCCUGGGACCCUGUGUAAUAUGGGGAGGGGGGCUGGGUAUGGGGGCUGCUGGACCCUGUAAUAUGGGGGCCGCCGACCCUGUAAUAUGGGGGGGGGCUGGACCCGUAAUAUGGGGGGGCCGCUGGACCCUUAUGGGGGACUGUAAUAUGGGGGCUGCUGACCCCCCUGGACCCGUAAUAUGUGGGGCUGCUGGACCCUGUAAUAUGGGGGGUGCUGGACCCUGUAAUAUGUGGGGUGCUGCUGGGCCCUGUAAUAUGUGGGGGGUGCUGGGCCCUGUAAUAUGUGGGGCUGCUGCUGGGGGGCACCUGUAAUAUGUGGGGGGCUGGACCCUGUAAUAUGUGGGGCUGCUGGACCCUGUAAUAUGUGGGGGGGCUGCUGGACCCUUUAAUAUGGGGCUGCUGGACCCUGAUAUGACCCUUUAAUAUGGGGGGCUGAUGGGGCCCUGGACCCUGUAAUAUGUGGGUGGGUGCUGCUGGACCCUGUAAUAUGGGGGUGCUGCUGACCCUGUAAUAUGUGGGGUGCUGCUGUAAUAUGUGGGACCCUGUAAUAUGGGGGUGCUGCUGACCCUGUAACAUGUGGGUGCUGGACCUGUAACAUAUGGGGGCGCUGGACCCUGUAACAUAACAUAUGGGGUACGGCUGGACCCUGUAACAUAUGGGGGGCUUGGGGACCCCAACAUAUGGGGGCUUAAACCCUGUAAUAUGGGUGGGGGGCUGCUGGACUCUGUAAUGGGGGGGCUUCAACUUGCUUUAUAGAGGGGGAUUCAGUCUGCUGGUCAUGGGGGGGUUGAGGUCAGCCUGUAGGACCUGGUAAUGAGAGGGACGGGGCUUCACAUUGGGAUUUCUCUGUUAUUCUAACACAGUCAAAAUAUAUUAUAUAUUAGGGACUACUUUUGUCUUGCAUGUUUUCCCUCUGCUCUGCCAUUAGGUUUUGUCACUAGUGGUGGGUGGGUUGGUGGGGGGAUGCAUUUUGCCAAUGAUUAAAAAAAAUAUAUAUAUAUAUAUAUAUUUUUUUAAAUUUAGGUGUUCAUUGUGUCUCUAUAUUAUUUUGUUAAAACAGUCACCCUAGUCCUGCCUAUUUUUUUCAUAUGAUUGGCACUGAUGGGGGAGCAAUAUACCGGUCAUUAUGCCAGCAAGUCGGAUAUGAGUUACUUAAAGCUAGUAAGAAGAUCCAGCUAGAAGAGUAUCAUUGGAUGUGUUUUUGCUUCCUUCUCAAAUGGAACAAGACAGGCAAUGCCUCGUGUGUGUUUUUAUGACUAUGUUCCUACCCGUAAGACAGUCACAUCUAUGGCUUAAUUGGACGGCCACAUGAAGUGUGCAUCUAUUAGAAGGGUCCAAAAAUAUUUUGGCUAUACACUGUAUAUCAAAGACUAUGUGUAAAGGCAAAGGUGAGAUUUACUUACCUGUACCUGUCUUUCACAGGAGCCAUGGUCUACCUUUUGCUCCUGGCGUUUUAGCUACACGAGAGUCCAGCAAUGAGGUGUAUGGAGGAUCCCGCAAGACCCGGGAUACUUCAUAGAAAACUAAUUUCCCUGCAGAUGUCACUGGUGACGACUGGGGGAAAUGACAUGCCUUGACCACUUAUAUCUUUAGACUGUUAAUAUGUCCACAUUCUAUCUUUGCAAAAUAAUAAUUUUGAAGGGUUGUGGGGAUGGGGGUGAAUGUGACAGUGCCGCUUUAAUCCAUUAAUGAGAAACCGCAAUGUUUACAUUGCACCCAGACCACUUCAUUGACAUUAAGUGGUCUGGGUGACUGGUGCUCCUUUAAAAAAGCAGCUAAAUAGUGUUUUUAACACUGUACGGUCAGGAAUACAUGUAUGUGUCCCUGACCCUAUAGUGUUCCUUUAAGUGAAUAAAAAAAACGUGUUGUAUCUUAAAGGCAGAUGGCUGAAGUGAUAACUUUAAAGUGUAGCUUAUAUUUGUUUCCCCAUUGGGCUGUGUUGGUUCAUAUAUGUGAGCCUGUGGAGGUAUAUAUUAUAUAUAAUUUUUAUUUAUUGAUUUCUGUUUUGCUCUUUUAUUUACAGACUGCUAUUAAAGGCAAACUUCAGGAGCUCGGAGCAUAUGUUGGUAUGUAUGAACAUUUUCUAUACCUGGUCCUAGUCAAUUCAUUUCCUUCAUUUACAACUUUCAGUGAGCUCACUCUGUUGGUGACGUAACAAUAGUUUAGUGUACUCUGUAUACAUAGUGUAUUUGUUUAGCCUUUGAUUUUAAAAGGCAGAUCAUGAUUUUAAAGAGACACUAUCCUAUCAUUAAUUGGAGUGUAACAGAGGUACUUGUGACAAACUGGACUUCGUCACGGGUUCUUGGAGGGGCAUACAUGCCAGUCUCUUGCCCUGUGGCUAUGUUAAAUCCUGGUUAAAACCACUAUUUGUGCCUUUUUGUACUUGUAUGGCCACAAUUCGAACUUUUGAAGUGGCACUUCGAACUCCCGAAGUCAUUUUGAAGUGCCAUUCAACCACGCGGUGGCGCCAUCUUGUUCGCAUGGACCAAAACCACAGAAACAUAGAAACAUAGAAUGUGACGGCAGAUAAGAACCAUUCGGCCCAUCUAGUCUGCCCAAUUUUCUAAAAACUUUCAUUAGUCCCUAGCGUUAUCUUAUAGUUAGGAUAGCCUUAUGCCUAUCCCACGCAUGCUUAAACUCCUUUACUGUGUUAACUUCUACCACUUCAGCUGGAAGGCUAUUCCAUGCAUCCACUACCCUCUCAGUAAAGUAAUACUUCCUGAUAUUAUUUUUAAACCUUUGUCCCUCUAAUUUAAGACUAUGUCCUCUUGUUGUGGUAGUUUAGCCGCGAAUGCCCUGGAACUAUUUUCGGCAUGAAAACCUCAUGUUUCCCGGUUGGUUCUCCAGCUGCACUUAGCCGCAAUUCUAUGGAACUAUUUUUGGCUAUGGGACCAUGUCUGCGAUCGGUAAAAAAUGACUUCCAUAUAAUUUCUGAACCCCUGAACUGAUCUGGGUGAUUUUUGGGAUAUGUUAGAUCACCCAGAUUAGGGCUAUCAGGGGAUGUAAGAUUUGUGGGGGAUAUUGUGUGUUUUGGGGUACUUUGGGGGUUUUGUAAAAUAUGUUCUUUUUUCCCUUGCAGAUAAUUGAGUUGAUACAGUAACUCAAUUAUAUCUCAAGCAAUGGGGAGGGAUUGUAUGCCAUGUGUGGGAGUGCCUUAGAUUGUAACUAUUGUUAUUUGUUUACAAUUUUGUGUCACUGUCCCCAACAAGGUUCAUGUGUGCGUACCCCUUGCAUGGGGAUUGUCAUAAAAGGCUAGUGUGGCACCAUUUAAAUUGAGUUCCUGUUUUAACCCUCAGCACGUACCCCUGUCUCGUGCUUGUAGGGAACCUGCUUCACAGCUAUAUCACUAGCUCUUAUAAGAGCUUCACAGCUAUACUCUCUUGGAGGAGAGGUCUUCCCACUGAGUCCCUGGAUCCAGGAGUUUGGUCCAGGACGGGAAGGGACGGUGAGACCCCAACCAAGCUGCAGUGGUUCAUGGGGUCUAUGGUGCUUAUGGUGUCCGGUGCAGUGCUUAUGGUACUCAGUGUCUGCUAGGAAGCAUUAAUUGGCUGAUGUACCCUGUCAGGGUGCCAGGCAGACCGUCACAGUACUAAUGGUGGCCUCGUAAUGUAAUUCUCAUCAAUCCCUAUACGCCAUAAUUCUGCACUAGGAAGGACCACUUGUUAGAGUGUGCGUGUCAUUUCACAGACACGAGAAAGCCAAAGAAUUGGUAAUCUCUGGAUCCCCAGCUCAGGUGGAACAAAAAAUGUACUAUAAAGAUACAGAGACACGUGUUAGGGGGAAAUGCCAUGUCUGGGUUAAAAUAAGUGUGUUGCCGUGUUUAGACUUGAGAGAUGGAGGAUUUUCCAAAGCUUGUUAUUCAAUUAUAUCGAUUAUAGCACAUAAUAUGCCUGCUAACAAAGAUAACGAUGUUCUAAAAGGGACACUAUAGUCACCAGAACUACUAUAGUGCUAGAAAUAUGCUUUGUUAUUACAUACAUUAUUUAUCAUUAUUCUAUUAUUCAACAAUUUGUUUUAUUUAAUUUCACGUCUUCUUGAAUUGUUUUCCAUGUGGUGGUUUGAUUAGGGUGUCCAAUUCACUCUUUCUUUUGGGUCAUAGAGGGUUAAUGUUUCACCCCAAUUAACUAACCGUUAGUAUGUACAUUUAAAUAUCCCAGCAGUAUGCUAGCAUAUCAUGCCUAGUACUAAGUGCCAUGUGGCAUGAAAUGCCUUCGGUGGUUGUCCUGGGAAUCUUUUGAUGUAUGUUGCUGUCCUUAUUUCUUUCCUCCUUUUUUUUUUUUCCCUUGCAUACCUCUAAUAAGCUUUAUUGAAUCCAUGAACCGUGGACAAUUUCCAUUAAGGGCAUCAUUAUCCGUGUUACCAGGCGUAUACAACCUUGUGCUAUAAUUGUAUUCAUAAGGAUUGACCACCCGGGCUCCACUAUUUGUGAAUCUAAGUUUUUGUGCACGGUCUCACUAUUUUAUAUAAUUUUUUUUUUUUGCUCUUAAUUGAAUCACAGGAUUUUCUUUUUCUGGAGUCCUAUUUGUGUUUAUUCCAUUGUAUUGGCCCAUUAAAAAAGUAAUACAGAAUACUGCAAUUGCAAUACUCUUAUCUUGCAUCUUCAUUACUGUGCUCAUAUGACUGUCUCUAAAACCUUAUUAUGCAGAUACGUUUGUCUUGUAUAAUAAUAAUCAAGCUUUGAUCAUUAUCAGUUUAGAGCAUGCUUCCCCAAACUCUGUCCCUCCAGAUGUUGCUGAACUACAACUCCCAUGAUUCUAUAAAUGAAAUGGAUAGGCUGAGAAUCAUGGGAGUUGUAGUUCAGCAACAUCUGGAUGGCCGGAGUUUGGGGAAGCCUGGUUUAGAGACUAGUAGCUAAUUUUGGAGUAAGUAAUGGUUUACAUCUCUAGUGUUGUGUACUCAGAAAAAUUAUGCAAAGGGAAGGCUAAUGGACUAGAACAGGCAUAGGCAACCUUCGGCACUCCAGAUGUUUUGGACUACAUCUCCUUUGAUGCUUUGCCAGCAUUAUGGGUGUAAGAGCAUUAUGGGUAAUGUAGUCCAUAACAUCUGGAGUGCCGAAGGUUGCCUAUCCCUGGACUAGAACAUUAUAUGUUGAUCAAUUAUAGAGCAAAGUUCUAAAACUAGAAUGAAAUGUCCCAGCUGAUGGCUUCUAGAACGUUGGCCCAGAAUUGCUCUUUUAUAUUUAAAUGUCAGUGUGUAAUAAUUUUGUCUUUGGCAAAUAACCCUUAAAUUUCCUUUUUUGUAUUAGAUGAAGAGCUUCCUGAUUAUAUUAUGGUCAUGGUUGCCAACAAGAAGAGUCAGGAGCAGAUGACCGAUGACCUGUCUCUGUUCCUUGGGAACAAUACAGCCCGAUUCACCACAUGGUAUGUGCCAGCUUUACCAAUCAUGUUAGUGGAGAGGGGAGUGGGCAUUGAGCGAGGCAAGAUAAGUUUAUAUUACCUGCAGCUGCUUGGUAGGAGAGAAGCCAGCUGGGAAUGUGGAGGCUCUUGGACCGGCGCCUACGCCAGUGGAUUUAUGUGUUACGGCAGGGAUCACUAAAAUGGGAAGGGGCACUGCAAAAACACCACACAAUCAUUCUGCACAAAAACUUCUGUAUUUAUGAACUCACAAUGACAUUUUACACAUCUACCCCUGUAUUCACUAACCUUCUACGCAUGUUGACACUCCAUGCCAGGCUUCCCCAAACUCUGGCCCUCCAGCUGUUGCUGAACUACAAUUCCCAUGAUUCUCAGCCUAUCUAUUUCAUUCAUAGAAUCAUGGGAGUUGUAAUUCAGCAACAUCUGGAGGGCCGGAGUUUGGGGAAGCCUGCUUCAUGCUGUAGAGCAAAUUUUAAUCAAAAUUGUAUAUGCUUUUGUGGCGAGUAACUUUCAGGCUUGGCUAGUAAGUUAAGACUUUAAAUUUUAAGCCCUCUUGUCUAUCACAUUAUAUUUAAGGAGUGGGUCAAAGAGCUAAUUCUAGUUUGAGAUUCUAAGGAAACCGUGCCCUAUAAUCACAGCAUUUACUGUGUGGAACCUUAAAGUGUUAGUCCAAGUACCAUGACCACUUCAUAGGUGGCUCUGAGCUCGACAGAAUGGUUUGCCCCAUUACCAAGGAAUGGCACCAAAGUACUCCUGCGAUCAUAACCACUACAGUGGCUGGUUGUGCUUAUGAUUCGUGGAUUAACACUACAUUAUAGUGCAGUGAACUUGCUCAUUCUCCAAUGCACUUGUUUGUAUCAUUUUAAAUGUGGCACCUGCAGAAAUUAAUAUAUUUUUAUCCCUUUACAGGCUGCAGGGAGUUCUCGAUAAGCUACGUUCACUCACACCUGGUAAGUGCCCAUUGCUGUUUUACUUACAAGAAGGAUACAUUUUGUAUAAUAGAAGAUCUGUGUAGGCUGAAACAUUGCACGCUAUGUUGUGAGAACAUGUUUUGGAUACUAGAGCCUUCCACAAAUUGUCAUUAUUGGCUGCAAAUAAUGCACAUAGGUAUUUAAUAUCUAUCUAGGCUCAUAAUGUCCACUCACCACUACCCUUUGAGGGAACCUUUAAUGCUGACGAGUAGAAAUGGUUAUAUUUCUAACACUAAAGGUAAAACUGCUAGAACAAUCAUGAUCAAUUUUUGGAAACUAAUGUAAUGCUGACAGUGAAAUGGUCCAUUCACUCCUCCCCUCCAUGACUAUGACACAUUGAGACUUCCUUACUAUUUGAACGCACCGGAUGAGCAGAUAUUGUCGGCAAACUUGCAGGCAUGCCAGUAACGACUUCUAGCAGAGAAAUGUGUCCUCUGCAGCAGUGUUACCUUCAUGGAGGAGUACCCCUGCAGCUCUAAAAUCAAUUCCUAAGUAUCCCUGCCUCGAAAGUAAUUUCUGUUGAUUUAAAUUCCAAAUGAAAUGUGUAGACACUGAUAUUUAUGUUAAUCCCAUAUUGGAGGUAGUAAAGAAAAUAUGUUUUUAAAUAUAUAUGACGUAGUAUAAAUAUUGUGUUUGAAUUAUUAUUCUGGAGUAUAAAUGUUACAAAAUGAAAAUGUAAUAUAUAAUAGUUACACACAGAUAAUACUGACACAUUUAUACACAGAGGACACUAACAUGCACACACUUAUACACAGAGGACACUAACAUGCACACAUUUACAAAUAAUAAAUUUAAAAAAAAAAUUAUUUAAAAAAAAAAUACCCCUUUGGGAGAGCUGGCAUGUGUCCUUUCCCUGGGGUCGAGUGUGAGGCUUGUGUAAUCUUCAUGAUCUUCCAGCACUGCUCCCUCAUGCGCUGUUUAGUGAUCACUGCAGAGUGCGUGAGAGAGCAGGGCUGGAAAAUAAUUACCUUGGGGUACAUGUAUCUGGUUGAGACAUAAGGGGAACUUCCACUAUAGCUAUAUCUAUAGACUGGACUGUGGUGUCCAGUGGAUCUAUGGAAGUAACAAACCAUUAUUAACUGUCUGACUCCACACUGUGUAAUGGCACCAGGUGAUUCUUGGCACCACUAGAGCACACUGUAGUGGUUAUGGUGUUUAGAAUACCCCUUUACUCCUUAUACAUUUUAACCAUUCUACAAUUCCAGUGAUUGCUUCACAUACGCAGUGCUUUCAGGAAACAUUCCCCCACCAGCAACUUCCCUGUGCCACAUUUUGCAAACAUUUUAACAUAUAAGACCAAGUAAUCCGUAGGCAACCUUCAGCACUCCAGAUGUUGUAGACUACACGUCCUCGAUGCUUUGCUAACAUUAUUGCUGUAGGAGCAUAACGGUUCUAUAGCAGUGACUACUUUGUCUAGUUUAUGUACAAUUCUAUUCUUAUGAAGACGUCCGUAACAGUACUGCUUUUAUUGCUUUGAAAAUGCAUACUUCUUGACUAAAUACUUUGUGGACCUAAUCACAUUUGUUUAACAAUUUGUUGUCUCAUGUAGACUGCUUGUGCUAUCCUGUUUACUGAUUACAUUUAUUGGAAUACAGGAACCAAUAACCUGAAGACUUCCGAGGCCAUCAUCUUUGAGAGUGCCAUGCCUCCACUGAUGAGUUUUACCCAGAGCCUAGGUGAUGGGAUCAGAGAUACCAUGCCACUUGUGGCCUCUAGCACUCAAAAUGAAAGGUACGCAUAGGGUUUCCUGGCUCUAUAGUCGAAAUAAGGUUUUCAGAAAUGAAUUUCUUCAGACAAAUCCAGAUUGUUUAACCCAUUAAUCAAAUGUCUGAUGUGGCUUUAUAAGUCAUUUUAACCCUUUAAAACUGGGAACAAUAACAAUACCACCACCCCUCCAACCCCAUACCAAGAGUCUGUGACUGCCAUCUACUGACUGUUUUUAGUAUGACAGGGAUAUCUCCUCCAGCAUGCUACCUCUGGGAAGCUGAUAAAGCCAAGCUCAAUCAUAAUCAACUGGGGGAAUGCAGAGCGGAUUAAGUUUAUAUUUUGCAUACAUUUUUUUUUUUCCAUAAGUUAUUAAAUUCAUUUUCUCUGUUUUGUUGCUUUCUGGUAGUGUUUCAGCUGCCCGUCUGACUUCUGCUGUAAAGCCUCUCUGUGAUAUGUCUCAGUCGGAGGCAGUCAUUGAUAUAAAACUGGAUGUGGAUGACCCUUUUAAUGAUGACAUCACCUAUGUAGUGGAAAGUGAACUGUAUUCCCAUAAGAGACCACCUGCAGUUUCCAGCUUCAGAACUUUUAGGCCAACCGCCGAGCUGUAUAAACCCCCAGGCAGUGGUCAGCCUGUGUACCAUGCUACCGAUGGCCACAUCAGCUUACACAGACAAACUCAGAAUGCCCAGUCUUCAGGGAGACCCAUCACCGUUCACACUAGCAGGGCGAAUAGUCCGCUACGCUUGCCACGUGAUCUAAGUGGCGUGCCAGAGACCUACAGGGCUGCAUUCCAUGCUUCCUCAAAUAAACUAUCUCAAGAGGUGAGUAUAUAAACUGCUAAUUCAUUACUUUGGGAACUGCCAUGCUUUGGGUUUUCCAAAGUGUUUGUCUAUAUUUGUUGAUGGUUGUCAGGGGUGUGGAAAUUUAAAUUUAAAAAUAAAUAAAAUAAAAAAAAUCUGCUUGUUCAAGGGAUUAAGGUGGCACAUAAAUACAACUAUUCCCCAAUGCUGUUGUCAUAACAUUUUACCUUGGUUUUUCCAUUCAGAUUUAAUUUGCAAAAACUUAGUAGUUUGGUGAAUACUUCUGAUUGUCUCGCCCUUUUAUCCCCCAGUAGUCUUUUCCCUCUGUCGUCCCCUCCCAUAGUGUGCAUGUCUGUAAUGGCUGUGUGCGCCCGUGCAUCAGGUGAUAUGAAUUCCACAUCCCUGGAUGUUUAGCAGCUUCAUGUGUCUAUUUUGUUUGCUCAAAGCAUGUGUUAGAAGCGUUUAUAACUUUAAAGCUGCCACUGUUGGACGCAUGAAAAUGCUAACUUGUGUGUUGUACGUUAAAGGGACACUGUAGGCACCCAGACUAUGUCAGCUAAUUGAAGCAGUCUGGGUGCUGUGACCCUUUUGCAACUAGUGCUGCAAUGUAAAACAUGUUUACAUUGCAGCUCUAAGUCUGCCCUCUGUGGCUGUCUACCAGAAAGCUACUGAGGGCGCUUCCAGAAUCUAAAUAGACUUUUGGUCCGUUAUCUGAUGCUGGACAUCCUCAUGGACCUCCAGCGUCAGAUUGUCCCCAUAGGAAAGCAUUGAAUGAUUUUUUUGGCCACUAAGCUUCACCACACUGGUAAACAAGUGGUAAAUUUCAGCUUUGACUGGAUAAAAUGAGAACUCCUCUGGCAGACUAACAAACCUACAUAACUGGCUGUAAUGCGCUGGACAAGAAUAUACAGAUAAAAAGGGGUAGGCAACCAUCAGCACUUCAAAUGUUAUGGACUACAUCUCCCUCAAUGCUCUUACAGCCAUAAUGCUGGCAAAACAACUGGAGUGACAAGGGCUGCCUACCCCUACAUAAGGGUCCCACUAAACACUUCUAACUUGACUGGAAUUUGAAACUUCAUUUGAAUCGCAUUUUGUAGAUGAAGGGAAAGCUGUUUAGCAGUAAGUCUUGAGUCAGGAACAACACAUGUUCUGAUACCUGAAGCAAAUCAGAGCACUUCUAACAUGUGGAAGGUGAUGCAUUAAACGGCCUAUUUUGAUCUUAAGUUUCAAACUCCCCUUGUAUUCUGAUCAUUCUCACUUUAGUGAAUAACUCUGUUUUACAGUCAAAAACCUAUGUUGGUGAUAUUCUCCCAUCCCAGAUCACAAUCAGAUUGGAAGCUCUGACUCGCAAUCAUACUACAUCUGUAUGGUUAAAUUAAAAUCUGUGCCCCAGUAAACUGAUUUUUAUUUUUUUUACCCCCUGUAAGUGCUUUAGAAAUUCAAGCUGGCACUCAUUGUGUUUGAUAUAUUCCUCUUCACUUUGAAAACCUGUGUACAUAGCACAAAUAUCGGAUGUUUUCUCCAGUCCUAAGAGAUACACCACCUGUCUAGUCUAGCCAUUGGAAAACAUCUGUGCUCAGAAUUCUUACUGAACGGAAGAAUGCAAGAUGGCUUCUCGUCCGUUAUGAAACUCACUUUUUCUUGUAUUUGUUCGUCACGUGAUAUUUUACACUUCAUUUUCAAGGAGGAAAUUGCAAGGAAGAGAAAAGUUCCUAUUGUUAGCUCUGUGGUGAAAAUAAAAAAACGGGCAACCGGAGGAGAGGAGGAGCAGGAAGGAGACGAAGAGGAGGAGGAGGAGGAAGAAGAUUAUUUGUCUCACGCGGGUAUUUCCAGCAGCGUAUCUGUCCCUGCCAGGCAAGAAAGAAGGUACAAUACACUAACGUCUGCCGUUUGUAUCUCCCUUACAGUAUGGUGGUAGGAAUACAAAUAUGUAUACCUGACGCUGUAGUCCUGAAGUGGGUGUUUAGGUUACAAGCCUCCCUCUGGUCUCCAGAUAAAAGGUGAUUUUACUCACCUUUUCUCCCUUGCCAAGCUGGUCUCGCUGUGGCUGGCUUUGCCUCAAUGGCUGAGAUAAUCAGUCUUUAUGAUCUCAGUCAAUCCAAUGCUUUCACAUAGGAAAGCAUUAAGAGGCUAUUGCGCAUGUGCAGCAAAACCUCAUAGAGAUGCAUUGAAUCCGUUCAGCAUCCCCAGUAGAGCGGGGAGACGGUGAAAGCCAGUGCUGCAGACUAGGAAGCACCUCUAGUGGCCGUCUGAGUGACUGCCUCUAGAGGUGUUACUAGGCACCAAGUUAAACACUACCUUUUCUCUGAAAAGGCAGUGUUUACACUGAAAAGCCCGCAGGGACAUGCUGUAGACACCAGAAACACUGCAAGCCGUAGUGGUCCUGGUGACUAUAGUGUCCCUUUAAUGAACUGUGAUAGAGAUAUUUGGCUGCAGCUGCAAUGGUCCAAAAGGUCCUACUUGCAGUAGUAUUUGCACAUAAUAUUUUGAAUAACAAAUCUUUACGUCCAUUGUCAUGGCGAUCAGCUGACAAUGUCAAGCGGAAAGCAAACUGAUUGUGUUUUGUGAUUCGUUUUUUACAGAGAGAGGAUAUGGUGUAAAAGGCAGUAAAAAUAUUGUACAAAAAAGCCGCUAUCUAAAAUGUAAACAGCGUACAAUGCGAAUGAUUACAAUGAGAGAGCAGACCCCUAUCACUCCAAAUAUAUAUGUACGUUAUUCCACAUAAUUGAAUGUCCUACACACAAAGCCCAUUCCAUUUGUAUGGAGAUAGAUGCCCUAAUGUACUUGCUUUUAUAAGCCUCAGGUUCCUAUUGAGAGAAGCUCUCUGCAACCUGAUAUUUAAUACAAAAGAUUUGGUCUUUGGUAGAAGGAUGUAUUAUCUUUUAGUUGGUGACGUCCCAUAUCCAUGAUGACAUCUGCUUUUCUGUAUGGUGGCACGUUAGGAAUAAGUGCUAGUGUUCUAGAUUAUAGUACUAAAGUUAUACAGGUUUCUGGGAACGGAAUCACUGAACAUAUUUAUCCAGUUUGACCUUGCUACACAUUCCUUUUAGACUUCUGUGUAAUGAUCCACACGUAUAUAUACUCUAUAUAUGUACUGUGUGUAAAACGGAAGUUGUUCUAUUAAAACUACAGUAAAAUGCAUACAUAUAUCUGUUAAUAUUCUGCAUGUCAGUAUGCUGGUGCUAUAUAAACGAUGAUGAUGAUGAUGAUAAAAAAAAGCCUUAAUGACUCUAUAAAAUAAUAAACCCUUAAUUAGUCUUGCAAUAUACUAAUGAAAUAACUUGGCAAGAUGUAAGCUAAUGCAUUUCAAAUAUAAACAAAUGGUCCUUAUUACAAUAUACAAAUCUAAGACCUAAAAUAACUGUUCACAUAAAUAAAUAAAAAAUGUUUGAGGGGAAAACUGCUUUACAAUGUUCUAAGCUGCCUUCUGCUUGACAAUAUUUUCGUCAUGUCAUGGUGCCGCUGGUGCAGUCUUGGGCAUCUAACAGAGAAAUGCCGUAUACCCAUGUGUACACUUUGCAUUUUGUCCAUCUGUGCUGCGUUUGUUUCAGAGAUUGUAUCAUGUAUAAUUUAAAGAACUAUAGAAUGUCCUUCCAUCAUCUGAUAGCUCUGUGUCACUCUCUUUCCAAACCUACUUACCUGUGUUAACUAAUGCAUAGGUUUCUAUCGCUGUAACUUGAGAUGUAUAUUUAAUAUAUAUUUGCCUUCUUUUCAGGCCGACACUUCCUCCUUCAAAACAGGCAAACAAGAAUCUCAUUCUAAAGGCCAUUUCAGAAGCCCAGGAGUCUGUGACGAAAACCACCAAUUAUUCCAUAGGUAACCUAUGCAAAAUCUCGAUCUAUAUCUUUCUUUAUUUUAUUACAUUCACGUUUUUAAAGGUACAUGGUCUGUCUUUCUCUUCUUGUCUUUGUCCCAGCAAAGCUUAAAAGAACACUCAAGGCAAUAACACACCAUAAGUGCAUUUGAUAAGCUUUGCUGUAUUUUUUUUCUUCACACUCAAAUCUUUUAGUUUUGCUAAAAAAAAAAAGAAAUUAAACUUUUUUUUUUUUUGCAUUGUAACUUCCCCUCUUUUCACAUAGCAACUUUUUAUUAAAUGCACUCCUGAGCAUGUACACGACUCUUCCAAUGAGGGAAUAAUGUGCGUUGAGCUACAGGCAUGACUCUGCCCGACAGCCAAUCACUGUUUUUCUAUUAUCUGUCCAUAUCCCCUUAGCAUGGCUUUGAUAUGAGGGACAUAUAAUAAGAGGGCAAUGAUUGGCUGUGGUGCAUGUCAUCAAUUCUGCUCAUAUUGAUCCCUAGUUGGCUGAGCUUCACGGUUUACCUUCCAAUCAGGAAGACCACUGCAGUAAAGGGGCAGUGUAGGUAGCUAUGGUGGGUUUCUGCUGCAGACAAUUGCAAUUUAUUUUUUAUUGUUGAAAAUAAUUGAAGAUGGAAAAAAAACUUAAAGAAACCCGAUCAGAAAAAGGAGUUCUGCCCCCUCCCCCCUUUAGGAGCGAAGUUUAGAUUAGUGCUGCAAAAAUGUUUAGUUUUUUAAGUUCUUUAUAUUCUGCUUUCUAUAUUUUUUAUUAUGCAUACUAAUUGGUAAUAUUAAAAGAACACUAUAGCAUUAGAAAUACAAAUGUGUAUUGUUAAUGCUAUAGUGCACUAAUCGCCACUUAGGUGACCAGGCCCCACUGGCGAGUUUAUCUACCUUUUCUUCCUCGUAACACUGAUCUCAGUCAUUGCACUCUGCCUCUGUGUGAGAUUAUCAAGAUCGAUGAUCUCAGCCUAUUCAGCGCUUUCCUACAGGAAAACAUUGGGAGGCAAGGGUGCAUGCACUGCAAGACACUGUGCUCUGCCAAUCAGAUGGUCUCUCUGAAACGUUGUGGGAUACUAGGUAUCUCUUUCUUCUGUCAACCGUUAUUAGGAGACGUAAAGCACUGCAGAAUAAGCUGGCGCUAUAUAAAUACCAAUAAUAUGAAUUAAACGGUCAACAAAGUAUUUUUUUAUAUAGGCUUUCCUUUUUCGUAUUUUUGUUUUGUUGUUUGUUUUUAUGUAUUUUUUGAUAUGUGACUGACUAUAUGAGAAUAUUGACAUUUAUAGUUCUUGAGUUUACUUUGAAUUGCCUGUUUUGGGCUAGAUUAGUGAACCUAAUAUGUAAUACUUGCUUUUAUUAUAAUUACAUGCAAUAAAGAUUCUUAUUUUUGCACUUGAUGUGCAUUGGUAUUUUUUUCACAUUGUAGUUCUUACUUUUGACCACUAAAAACUGGUCCACCCUAUAUUUGCACCCAUUAAUGGAUUACAUAUUUGUACAAAGUUGUAUGCUCCUAUACAUAUUAAUGAGGAUAACAUGCAGAAUACACACUCGCUUUUAUUAAUAGUUGCUCUAUAAUAGGUUAAUGUGUUUGUGUUUCCCCCUUCUGUGUUCCACAAAGCUACAAAAAAGCAAAUGGUACCUGUCGCCCCAAGGACAAGGUUGUUAUCUGAGGAAGAGCUCAAAUUGUUGAAGAGUCAGCCAUCUAUGCUACAUUACCAGACAGAGAUGGAACAAGUGCCAGGACAGAUAGCAGAAACAAGACGAGGUAUGGACAGAUUGCACAGCACUUAUCGUACUUCAUUCUAGGAUAUUAACUAUUUAAUGUUUCUUUACUUUGCCCUUAAAGGGUAAAAGGAUCAAUAGUGAAAAAGUACAUGCAACAUAUGUCCGCUGUAGAGACUUGUAGUACUUCCACACCAUCGUUAAUUAGAGUCUGUAUGCUACACGUAAUUAAUGACAGUUGUCAUCCUCCGCUACAAUAAUUGCAAACGGGAGCUACAUAUCCUUCCAGCAAAGGAAGGAGUCUGUAUGUUAAAUGUAAAAUAGCACAUGGCCUGUUGGAACAUCACUAGGUCAUUUUACUUAACUGUGAAUGGAGGACAACUGGGCGAUGCAAAUAUUAAAGCAAAAUAGCCAAGUUAGAAAACCAAAUGAAUUUGAUAACUUCUGUUUUUUAUCUAUUUUGAAUUCCAAUUUCAAUCUAAUUGUUCCACAAUUCACGGUUUAUUGACUUCUCUUUAUGUUGCAUAGCUGUGUGUGCGCGCAUUGUUGUACCCCCACAUUGCCACGUGUGGCAUCCCACAAAUAAUACCUCACAGAGUUCUGCAUUUAAGACCUUAAUGCCAUUCUCCAUCAGAGGGAUUUAAAAUCAUUUGUUCAAAAACAAAAUUAUAUUUGGACAUCAUGUGCAGAGGGGCACAAAAAGGGAGACACUAAUGUGUUUUGUGCUGUUCAGGGCACUUCCUCAGAGGGUAGCAUCUGCCACAGCACUAUUUAAUGUUGGCAUUCACUGAUGCUUAGCGAGCGCCUUCCAUUGUGGGAUACACUCAUUGUAACGGAUCACCUGGCACCCCGACUGGGUACCUCCGUUGAAGGAUGCUCCUAGCGCUUCCUGAGGACUCCAAGCACUGCAGCAGACACCACAAUCACCGAACCGGAGAAGCGUAUACCUUCUCUCAAGCAUAUGAAUGCUGUAGACAGUUGAAUAGGAACCAUACAAAUAGGUUUACUCUCCUUGCAGUCAAACUGGAACAGCAUACAAUGAAUCCUUCCCCCAAUAAUGAGACGACACUUCACUUUGAGGGUUAAACAGGAACUCCCUGUACUGUCACAUACAGUCUUUUAUUCCCAAUCCACAAACAUAGUACAGCCCACAGGGCGUUACAAAACAGCCAAUCAAUCCAUACAAUACACCCAGACACUCCCACACAAAAUCCUCCCCUCUGGCUGUGAUAUGAUUACUGAACACAAUGGGUAAUCUAAUUAUCACAGCCAAAGAAAUACAGUUUCAUAAAACACAUCACAGGGACCCCAAAACAUGCAAUAACCCCAUAAAAAGUAUAUCAUUGGAACUGGGGGAUCUGGGUGAACCACAUAUCCAAAAUUCACCCAGAUCCGUUCAGUACUUUGGAAAAUACAGUUUAAUGCAGAUUCUGCAGAACAUAUACAGGCUAAAUAAAAAACAAUCACUGUAUAAUGUGUCCCCUGCUGUAUAGUCCAAAACCACCGCACGAUGUCUCUGUGCAACAAAUACUGGCGAGAUGGCACCGUGUUGAAAAGUCCACACAGUGUCUGUGAGUUAAAAUGGCCGCCAUCCAUUGUUCUCACCAUGUGCUUCUGAUACAGGAAAUGGUGGCCACCCAGUAACUCCACAGUAUGUCCCCAGAUGGUUCUUAAAAGGGCUAGCAGCAGCACAACACAAAUCCAUUAUGCCCAAAUCAUGUCUUUAAAGGGCAAUACAUCCCAGGGGCCAUAGUCAUAUGGCAGGAGGCUGGCAACCAGGCUUCUCCAGUGCAUAGUGGCGAGGUUGGUUCCGCCACACUCAUGCACCCAUUCCCUGCAACUGCUAAGGUGUUUAAAGUUCAAAUUAUAGGACUGGAAUUGACGAAUUUGCUUUGAAUCUGAGAGGCAACUAAAAAUGUUAGGAGCCAGGUUUUUUUGUUUUUGUUUUUUUUACUUUGUUUAAAAGUAACAAAACUUAAUUUUUAGAGAUAAAAAUAAAAUUCUUAUAGGGACACUAUAAUCACCAGAACCACCACAGCCUAAUGUUGUGGUUUUGGUGUCUAUAGCCUGCAGGCUUUUUAAUGUAAACAUUGGCGAAAAGGCAGUGUUUACAUUGCUGUUUAGUAACUGCUCUAGUGGCAGUCACUCAGCAGACAUGUUCAGCGUAUCCACGUGCUGCAUGGAGGCGCUGAAUGUCCUCCAUAGAGAUGCAUUGAUUCAAUGCAUUUUAAUGAGGAAAUGCUGUUUGCCGCGCAUGCGCAGUAGCCUCCCAAUGCGUUUCUACAGGGAAGCAGUGGAUUGGCUGAAAUAAUGAUUACUUAUCUCGGCCACGAAGCAGAGACCUGCAUGGCUUGGGAUAAAAGGUGAGCAAAAACACCUUUCUCGUGCAAUCGGUGCAGGGGGCUGGUUACCUAAACACACACACGCACACUCCCACUCAUGCAGACACACAUUUUUUCAUACACUCACAAACUUUUUUUUAUUUUAUUUUUUAUUUGAAGGCACCCAGCCUCCCUACCUUUUGGGACAGCUGGAUUGGGUUCCUGUGUGGCUGCUGUAAUACUCAAGCUGUAAUACCCCAGCCGGACAAAAUUCUUAUUCACCAUGGCGGCCUGACGUCUGGGAUUUGUCGAGCCAUGUUAUAGGAUAGAAAUUUGCUAGUAAUUGGGCUUUUCUGCUUCAUAUAGUGUAAUCGUGUGCCUUCUUAAAAAUAAGCUAUAAUAACAGUAAAGCUGUAAUAUGUAUUACAUAAACCAUAUAGCUACUGCUCCUGUCCCCAUGCAGGGCAACCAUGAGGGAUAUUUACAGGGUAUUAAAGGGUUAAGGUUCAAUAUCACAGUUGAAUUUAUUGGAGUGGGGUAGCAGUGCUGGAGUAUUUGAAGUGUAGUUGUUACGUCCAUUGAAAUGCUUUUCAUAAUGUUUGCUGUGCUCCAACAACAGCUUAUAAGUGCCUUACUUGUACUUACAACAAUGUCUCUUAAGAUUUAGACAUAUUGGUCUUUUUUUUCCCAUUUUAUUUUUAUUUUUUUAAAUAGUUUGAGAAGUGCUAGUUUUAUAAGGAGUGUUGUGUAAUUUUGGAAUAAUAAGAUAUGGAAAGGGGCCAUUGGCCCUGUAAGAGUAGCAGGAGGUAAGUUGAGAUGUCUGAUGACCGAGCACUGCAGAUGUGAGGAAGUUUUAGAAGGGACUUUGCUGGCCCAACACAUGGUUUUUGUUUUCCCUCCAGACCUGGACUUGCCUGGCCAGGCUGCCAAUCUUUGAUUAGUAUAUGUGCCAACCAUCAGACCAUUCCACUGUUUAAUUCUCUGCAUCCUACUCCAUUAAACUGUGUUUUGUUUUAGUUUUGUUUUUGUUCAUUGUCUUCUCCUGGCCUUUUGCUCAGGGAACCAGCACAGAAAGGAUUUGCUUUCCAGGCUUCAGCCGGACCCAGAAGAGGAGGCUAUGCUCAUAAGACCAGGUUUGUUAUUCCUACGUUCGACGGGCAUCUUUUCUUAACAUUCUGAUUGGAAUCUGAACUUAAAAUACAAAAUUAACUUCAUUUUUUAAAGGAGAUCUGUGUAGUUUUAAAGCUCUGAGCUUAUGGUAUACAUCUGUUUAUACAGAAACUUAACAAGCAAGAUAAAGCAUUUUAACAUCUCCUCUUUAUUCCCCUGGCGCACCAGUCUCGACACUGUUUCUCUUCUGGCUGAGAUAAUCAUUACUGAUGAUUUCAGCCAAUUCAAUGCUUCCCCACAGGCAAGUAUUGGAGCUACUCGAGGUAGCCUUAGGGACAUUGAUACUACUGUUUACAAUUGUCAGACUGCAUGAACAGACUCCUUGCACUAGAAUCACUUGAUUAAGCUGUAGUGGUUCUGGUGUAUGGUGUCCCUUUAAAAUUGAAGAAUGGGUCACAAAACUAAUCUCCUAAACAUAUUUUAGAACCGUGUUAAAAAUGUAAAGAACCACUAAGUCAUAUGGUUACACCUCCCACUGGCCUGAGUUGAAUUGGAGGGCGAGGGUCAGUGGACAACAAGGUUCAGUCCGCUCUCCAGGAGAAUAUUUCAUUCAUAAAUGGUGGGCAGACUGGUUUGUCCAGAGAUGAGUUGCCUGUUGUACACUGAUGCUGCCCAUUUGGACUCUAGCUGUAAGUUUCUUUUAUUGAGCAUUGCACAUAUUUCUAUUCAUGCAUAAUGUUGGAGUGCUUCUUUAAAAUGCUGUUUGUAUAGUAUAUUGAUUAGGAUAGUAGUAUAGACAUGCUUCUGUGAUGUGUGGAAUUCCAUUCUGAAUUAUGUAUAUAAUUAUCUAGCUUUUUUAUAUUUUUAUUAUUCCAUAGAGCCUGUGGAUGCAGAGAGACUCAGACCCACAGACAGUAGAUCCUUUAUUCUUAAAAGGCCAAAACUCUCCAAGGACCCGGUAAACGAGGUCCAGUCCCAGCAAGGGCGUCUUAUACAGCCCAGGUAAGAAGUGCGAUCUUGGAAACUCUGUGUUGCUAUUAAACUAAUUUUGGUAACUGAAACGUCAUAUAGUUAUAGUUGUUUUUUUGAUGGCUACCAUCCAUUUUAAGCUUGAAAGCCUUCGUUUUACCAAUUACUAUGUACACCACAUGCAAUAACAGAACACUGAUUCCACACGACAUGGCUUGGGAACACUCCUGGCAAGACCCAUGCAGAAUGAACCAUGCACAGAGUCCGGCCAGAAAGUUGAACUGCUCUCAUGAGAACCAAACCAUUGUCUAGUUUUAUAUUAAAUGUUCAGAAGGUACUGGGAACACCAUGUAUUUUCCCAGUUAACUUUGAACAAGGCAGUAAUCAUGUUUUUGGUAUUCGUGUAUUAAUUAUCUCUGUGUAUGUUUGUUCUGAACAGGGAAACUUCUUCUGAAAAGCCAGGAAGCCCCAAGUUUAUUGUAACUUUAGAUGGAGUUCCUAGUCCACCAGGAUAUGGGUCUGGUCAUGAAUCUGAGGAAGACAAGAUGAGUGUCACAGAGGAAUGGGAAACCUACCCGGAGUCCUGCAACCCACUUAGCAGGCCAGAGCAGAAAUAUACGAUGCAGCUGAUAACAGAAAAUACCCCCAGGACAGGUUGUAAGUGUCCUUGACAAUUUGUAGGAACCACCAUUAGUGUGGUAACUGCCGAGUGACCAUGCAUUAAUCAAUCAUGCACAUCACAUGCCAAUUUUAGCUUUGUAUUUCUUUAUAAAAUGUAUCUUCUAUUGCCAGAUUAUAAUAUGUUUGCAAGGGAGCUAACAAAUGCAUGCCAUUAUUCAACACAUAUUGGACAAGUUUUUGACUAUUGUAUCUUGAGUACUUUGUGUGGAACCAGAGUAUAGAUUUCAUAAAUAUUUGUAUUUUAUGUCCUUAGUGUUAAUGGACGUAGAUGGUAUUUCUGCCCUGGAGAAGAUGCAUGAACGCUGCAGAUAUUGGCCUGCAUGCAAGAAUGCAGAGGUCUGUGUUUAUCAUCACCCAACCGUGCCAUGCAAGUAAGUGUCAUUUUUUUUUUUUUUUUUUUGCUUAACCCCUUAAGGACACAUGACAUGUGUGACAUGUCAUGAUUCCCUUUUAUUCCAGAAGUUUGGUCCUUAAGGGCUUAAAGUAAGUUUGGUUUGGACUUGUUGAAGGUCUUUUGAUUGUUUUGUUUUUUUGUUUUGUUUUUUUUAAACUAAAAAAAAAUCAUUCAGCUGGAACUGGUCUCUUCAUUUAAAACCCCCCACUAAUUUCCUGUGUGUGAAUGAUCCAAUUUCAAACUGUAACCAAAAAAAAAAAAUAGAAACAACACCACUUCAACCGCUCAAAAUCCACAGGAGGUUUAAUUGGCACAAAACAAAAAGUAACAAACAAGAGAUAAAGGUCUAACUUUUUCAGUAGUGAACUGAAGUCACAAGCAGAGUGCAUAUACAUACGGCAACAAGAUCUCUCCGUAAUAUAGUGACAGCUAUCUCAAAGAGAAGAGAUACAAUAAUAGUGUAAUAUCACAACAAAGUGGAAUAUUCUAUUAUAAAAGCACUCUCACACUUUCAUGAGCUACUGAGAGCUCUGCUGUAUUUAGCAUGGACAGUACCAUUCCUGUCUAAGGAUAUACGGUCUUAGCAAGUAUGUGAAAUCAAGAAUAGAAAAUACCCGUUGGUACAGUAACUAUAUGUAGAGUAAAAGUAGGUGGGGAUUAUACCACCAAAGCUCUACAACACUAGAGCAGGUCCAUGCUCUGCUUCAUGUAAAUAGGAUACCUACUUUUACACUACAUACUGUACCAGUGGGUAUUUUCCAUUCUUGUUUCCAAAUACUUUACGGUCUGUAGAACAUACCAUCACUACUGCUGAGACCAUAUAUCCUUAGACAGGGAUCAUACUGUCCACCCUAAAUACAGCAGAGCUCUCAGUUGCUCAAGAAAGUGUGAGUGUGCUUUUAGAAUAUCAUUAUACACCACUUUCUUAUAUUACACUAUUAUUGUAUUUUUCUCUCUUUUUGAGAUAUCUGGCACUAUAUUACAGAAAGAGCUUGUUACCAUAUGUAUGUGUAUGCAUUCUGCUUGUGACUUCGCUUAAGGGUCAAACUUUUUCAGGCGCGGUUAUCUAUUGUUUGUUUCUUUGUAUUGUCACAAGGUUAGGGAAUUGCUUGUAGAUUUACUGCUGCCAUCUAUACAGUGUAUAGUGAGCACCUAUAUUUGUAUUUCUAAACCAGGGGGGAUGGUCACACCUAAUACAUUGCAGAUCUACAAGUCCAUAAACAGAGUAGUCUGUUUCAAACUGUACUUACCAGUUCAAGAGGACUAUUAUCAACAUUUUGCUACAAAUCACUUCUAUGAUGGACUAGCUGUUAAAGUGAUGGGUGACAAAGGAGUCAAUUGAUAGUUCAUGAAUUUCCAUUUUGUUUGGAAGAUGAAUAACUCGAAUGUCUGCCACCCGGACUAACCUCUUGGUGACUGGAUACCAAUAGAAUACGAGCAGAGAGGGUGCGAAUGCCACAAUUGUUUCCAAUGUAAAAUCUACACUCAUUUCAGUUUAGUUUUUGUUUUUAAACUCCCUCUCUCAUUUUUCACACAGGGCUUUUCCGAAUUGUCGGUUUGCUGAUAAAUGUUUCUUCAUCCACCCUAAUUGUAAAUAUGAUGCAAAGUGUACCAAAGCAGAAUGCCCUUACACACACGCCAGCAAGCGUAUUGCUGUGCCUCUAAAACCAGGUAAAAUAUCUGUGCUUGCAUCACUCUUAUUUCAUUGCAAAAUUACUGAGGGUGCUUUAAAAACAUUAAUAAUACUUUAAAAAAAAUAUAUUUUUACAGGUACACCACCUGCCACCCAAAAACCCCAAACCUGCCGGUUCUUUCCCGUUUGCAAGAACACAGAGUGCACUUACUUUCAUCCUAAGGUAACUUCCACUAAUACGAGCACAGAUAUUCCAGAAUAUUGAUUGUAAUGCUCCACACGGCUGCACAUGUGCAUUGUUUUGUUUCUAAUGGUUUUAUAUGGUUUCCUCCCCCUCCCCACUCUCAGCUUUGCAGAUUCAAUACACAAUGCACACGACCAGACUGUAAAUUUUACCACCCUUCAGUUGCUGUGCCACCACGCCAUGCCUUGACCUGGACACGAUCACAGGCCAGGUAAGUCUAGUUAGUUUUGUUUUCUGGUUUGUCUUUUUAAUUUAAAAUAAAAAGUUGGUACUCGGAUAUCUUGAUUAACCCCUUAAGGACCAAACUUCUGGAAUAAAAGGGAAUCAUUACCUGUCAUGUGUCCUUAAGGGGUUAAAGCUAUAAGAUGCAGCCAUGAAAGGGACAGUCCAAGCACCAAAACCACUACAUCUUAAUAUAGUGGGUUUGGUGUACAGAUGCUGAUCCCUUUUCUCAGAUAACGCAGUUAUAGAAAUGCUAUGUUUACAUUUGGCGCCACCCUUUGUCAAAUGUAAGAAAAAUACAUACAUUCCUACUUUGUCUUAUUUUUUAAAGAGAAAUAAAUCAGACAUAAAGAACAGAUUCUGCAAGCAGACCCAAAAGACAAGUUUGAGGUGACAGUUCCACUUUUACUGGCUUUCAAACAGAUGGUUCCUUCUAAUGUACUUUGGAAUUUGAAGUUCCUUGUUACACAGAAUGGACACUUCAUGCUGGAAGCGAUAACUAUUUUGUUUAAUAAUUUAGACCCUCAUUAAAAUAUAUCCUUUAGAUAUUUUUUCUUUCAUUUUCAAGUCCCUGCAACUUGCAAAUCCUCGGCUAAGUAGGAGCUCCUCUUAUUCUGACCUAUAGUGUCUGAACAUAUUCCAUAAACUCCGGUCCAGGAGAAUUUGGGAUAUGUAGUCCUGACCGUGGCAGGGCUUCAGUUUCACUUAAUUAAUUGAUCAUAUCAUGGCUUUCAGAUUUUUGACCUCAUCGUUCAGUUUUGUGAGAGUAGCUGUACAUAGAUCGCUGAAUUAUGUGACCACCCAUUCACACAGCACUGAGUCAAGUUCUUUGGACCAAGAGGAAGUUUAGAUUUCCCCUUCUCUGAAUUCUGGGAAAGUCUGGUUUUUUUUUAACAAAUUUUAUUUCCUUAAGGUUUAUAGAACCUAUGGCAGCUUUUGGAGAAACAAUCUGUGCUUAGAACUGAGAACCUCUUGUAUUGGUGGGGGUGGGGUUUGGGGAGGCGGCUAUAUUUGACCUGUAUUACACUGUAAACCGGGAUGCUGAAAGUAAAUGUAUUAAUUUAGUGCAUGGAUGGGCAACCUCCGGCAUGCCAGAUGGUUGUGGACUACAUCCCCCAUAAUGCUCUUACACCCAUAAUGCUGUCAUAGCAUCAUGGGAGGUGUAGUUCAAAACAUCUGGGAGUGCCGAAGGUUGCCCAUGCUUGAUUUAGCAGGAGAAGUAAUUUAUCAUUAAUUCCUGAGAAUGCAGUAUUGUGUUUAAAGUACCCGCAUACUCCAUAGUGUUGUACAUUAAAGUGUUACAAACAUGGUGAGCAAAAACCAAGAACUAAAACAAUCAUUCAGACUAGGGGUAUGCAACCUGUGGCACUCCAGGUUUUGUGGAUUACAUCUCCUCUGGUGCUUUACCAGCAUUAUGGGAGAUCCAAAACAAUGGCAGGAAUAUUGGUGUAUUAAUGUGUAACAAAUUUAGACAAGGUACUUGAGCUGCAUUUUGGACCUAUCAAAUAAAUAUUAAAUAUAGAAAUUCUAUAGAUUGUCAACUCUCAUGUUUCAUUAUCCAUUUAUUUUAAAUCCUACAGCUAUUUUAGCCCCAUCAUAAGGAGGUAUUUUCUGAAGUCAAGAAUGAUACCCAAUUUCCCCCCAAAAAAUCUGAAGUGAACUCUACUACUCUUGACUCUCAUACUUGUUUAAUAUAAAUACUAUAUAAAAAAUUAUAAUAUGGUGUUUAAUGUGAAAAGCAGCUUCCACGAGGGCACACUGUAAUAUGGAUGGAUAAAUGUUAACAGGAAAAUCUCUCUUCCAACCUGAUUUUUGUGUGUUUUUUUGUACUAAACAUAUACAUGGUGUUAAGGUUUGCUUUUUUUUUUUUUUUUUAAAUACAUAUUUAUAUAAUUGUGUUUUGUUUUUUCCGUUUUUUUUAGUGAUUGAUUCUGCACAUAGAAAGAAACUGGAAAAUGGUCCAAAUCGCUGGCACGAUGGACUUCAGUUGAGUUUGGGGUUUUUUUUCGGUGCACAGACUUUCGGAAAUAUACACUGUCAUUUUGGUUGUUUUUAUGAAUCUUUAGUUUUUAUUUAAAAACUAUAAAACAGUUUUUUUUUUACUUUGCUGAAUGGAUAAUACCUGAAAAAAAAGAGUUAAACAUUGAACUGGACAAUCAGUACUAUUUUCAACCUGUUGUGUGACUGUCCUACACAAUACAUUCAUUUUUUUUUUUUUUUUUUAAAUAUAGCUGCUUUGUUAUAGUUUGUUUGGAAUGAGUCAAUGGUCAGAUUUUAUUACUUGAGGACUAUUAAGAGAUAUGAAGAACAAUUCUUAAGGUAUAUUUUAUUUACCGUACAUGAUUGAUAAACCUGGCAAACGGAAUACUGAUAUGCUGAGAAAAGAGACAUGUUUAUCCUUAAAUGAACCCUGUAGGGUCAGGAACACAAACCCUAUAGUGUUAAACCCACCAUUUAGAUUGCUUGCCCCACCUCAGCCCCACUCACCUUAUUUCCAGCGUUGCACGGUUCUGCCAGUGCUGGCCCCUCCCCUGAUCCACCUUCUCGAUGACAUCAGAAUUGACCAUUUUUUAGCCAAUCCGGGAAAUCAUUGGAUUGGCUAAAAUCGGCUAAUCAGCACUUCAUCAUAGAGAUACAUUGACUCAAUGCAUUUCUAUGAAGAAAAUUCAGCAUCCCCAUGCAGAGCGUGGAUACGCUGAACUGCAGUGCUGCCUACUGUGCAGCACUGCCCUAGGAAGCAUCUCCAGUGGCCACUUGGAGGUUUCCCUAGGGGCAAUGUAAACACCGCCUUUUCUCUGGUAGUAAGUAAACAGCUCAGAACCAGCAGUGUAUUGCUGACACGAGGUAGCAAUGUACACAUUUCUAUAUGCUUGUGCUAUUUAACUAGUUCAGCUGGAAGGUAAAAUUAUCCACAUUGCAAAACUGACACUUAAUAUUCACUUGAUUAAUUACAGCAAGCAUUUUUAAUUGUCCUUUUGAGCAGAUGUUUAAAGUGUGCACCCAUUGCUGUAGAUUUGCACUUCUAGAACUUUAUUAAAUUAUUGCCACAUCUCAGGUAACAGGAAAUUAGGAAUGAGUGCACAUCCAGCAUAUGUUCCUCUUUCCUACACUAGCGUGCAUUUUUUUUUUUAUAUAUAUAAUUCUGUGGCAGUUGCAAAUGUCUAGUGUAUAUAAAUAUUCCGUAGCAAUGAAACUAAAAGUUUUUUUUUUUUUAAACUGCAAAUAAAAUACUUGAUUGAUAUUCAAUGAUUCAGUUCUAGAACUAGCUAUAUAAUUGGGAUGCUUAGAAAAUCCAGACUAUGACUGUAGACAUUUGUCUUUAAGUAUUAAUGCCAUCCUUUGGCUAUCUGAAGUUUUGGGAGGUAUGUGGCUGUUACAUUUGCUAACUUUAAAACAAAAAUCCUGUUUGUUUUACUGGCACCUCUGAUGUACAUAUAAAUACAUGGCAAAUGAGUUUUCAUAUUCUAAAAUGAUUAGUAAGCAUGCAUUUACUGGACCUAUAUGUAUUUGCAUUCUGCCCUAUCAGGCUUGAAAGAAGGGCUGGCGCAUCCUAUAGGCGACUUAGGCAAUCGCUGGGGGGCGCAAGUUCCGAAUGACCCGGCAGGAGGGAAGCACACAGCGCUCCCUCCUGCCAGUCACUCUGUGUAGCGUGGCCUGGCGGUGCAGACCGCGAUACAGGAGAUUGUUUCCUGUACCUGGCCGGACUGUAAGGAAGUGCUCUCUCAGUGAGCACUUCCUGUCAAUCUGGCCGGGUACAGGAAAAACUAGCUCCUGCACCGCGGUCUGCGCCGCCUGGCCACGCUACACUGAGGUAGGAGGCACAACGGGGAUGGGAGGGGAGAUGGCACAAAGAGACAGAAGAGACCACUAAGGGAGGGGGGCACUAAGACACUACACACAUACACAAUGCAUGCCUACACACACGCACCGAAACAUACAAUGCACAUCUCACAAGCACACAAUGCAUUAUAUAUAUAUUAUACACACACACACACACACUGGUAUCCCUAUACACUACAUCCUCUACAAUAACACAUCCCCUUCACACAUACACUCCAUUCCCUUUGAACGAACUCAUUUGUGGGUCUUGUAGGCAUAAGGCUUAUGGCCGCGCCUUGUAGACCUACUCAUGGUCAGGCCCUGGGUGCCCAGACUGUGAUCUGUGUAAGGGGAGUAAAAACGGAGCUGCUUCCUGUUUGUUUAUUUUUGUGAGCCAGACUGCAGCCUGAGCCCAUGAUCAUCCUAUUGUCCUCAUCUGGUGGUAAGUAGGCAAUCCAGUAUAUUAUUAGUGGCACUAAUCUCUUAUUUACCUCACAUUAAAGGGACACUGUAGUCACCAGAACUUAUUGAAGUGGUUCUGGUGGCUAUAGCCUGUCCCUGAGGCUUUUUAAUGUAAACACACUGCAUUUUCAGAGCACUGGCAUUGGCUCAUACGGCAGAUCACAUCGGUGGGGCAUUAUAUCAUCAUAUCGUAGGGGGGCGCGGCAAAUUUUUGUUUGACUAGGGUGGCAAAAAUUCUUGCACUGGUUCUACCUGGAAGGGCUGCACCGUAGUAUAUGGUAUUCAUGACCUCCCAGUGUCAUGCUCAGGAAGUGGGUUUUUUUGUUUGUUUUUUGUUCCAAUAGAUUUUUUUUUUUUUUAUAAGGAGCUUAUUAAUACCAUAUAUGACUGGGCAGCACGUUCAAGUCCUGCUUGACAGAACCUAGAAAUCCAUGGAGUCCCACAAAAAAAAAAAACAUACAGAGUUAUUCAUGAAACAACAAUUUUUUCAAAUUUUUUUUUUUACCAGUUACAUAUCCGGUUUCACGCUCGGAUUAGAUUAUUGAGCUUAGUGAAUAACCCUGUGUCAGUAUGUCAUUGGGUGGGGUUUUGUAGAAAUUGACAAGGGAAUUUCUAAUUGUAAACUCAUACAUUUCUCUCUAACAAGAGUAGAAUAAAAGGUUUGCUAAACAUUUUUUAAACAUAGAGGCAUACUUCUUUUGUUUUUGUCUUUUUUUAUUUAUGAAUGAAUUGCUGUAUUCCUUUUCUAACUUCUCUAUAUUGUUUUUGGCACAUCCCAGUGGGUUUUAAGGUCAUGCAAAAGACUUUAAACAAUGCUUAUCGAAAACCUGACUCCGUAAAUCGCGUCCCUCAGUUUACAGGGCAGUAAAACCAAAUGACACUGGUACUCUGUAGGCUGAUAGGCUCUUGUAAGUGUGAACAUCAAUAUAAUUUUUGCCGAAUGUAUUUGAUGCUGGGGUUGCACAUCAUAUCACUUAAAUGGCACCCCCACCCCUAUAAAUGAUACUUCAAACUACCAUAGUGUGCCAUGUUCAUCCCAGUCUUUAAGGCACGCUUACCGAUCUAGGAUUUAGGGGUUACCCUGUUGAAGUCCCUAAAACCUGGACUUGUAUGUGUGCCUUGAUGACUGGUUUGAAAACCAGCGCUUUAAGUGCUAAAAACUGUGUAUAAAAUGCAUGUUUUUUUUUAUAAAACAAAUUCUCAUAAACUGAAAAGGGUGCGGCAACUUUGUGAAUAAAAACUGUUAUUUUGGACUAAAAUGCAAUUCCUAGUCAGAUUAGUCUUUUUUGGUAAUUCUAGAAUUUUAAAAUCUCCCCCCAUAACCUUUGCUUUCUAGUUGAUACCACAGCAGCAACACUCAAAAAUAUCCAUAGAUAUGGGAAGAGCUUGUAAGAAAUUAUAUUUAUAUUGAUUUUAAGAGUAAAUGCACCCAUAAUCCCCUUCAGUGACCAUCCCGAUGAGUUACAGGAUCGAAGGGGUUAAAUACACAACUUAACAGACAGGAUAACAUCUUCAUAAUACAGGCGUACAGUUCAGAAAGAAGAAACAAGCAACACAUACAUACAUAUGGCAUCCUCAGCAUUAAACGAACAGUUCAACUUACAAGGCAAAUACAGGAGUUGUUAGACUUUGGGAGUGUAGGGAAGGCACUCGCAAAAUGUGAGCCACAUCCCGUCUGGCACAGCUACUCGAGGUGCAUGUCACUGGUGCAGUUGCUAUAGCACAGUACUGUCAGUUUCUGUAACAGGAAUGUACCCAAGACCCCUCCGCAUCUCCUUUUACUUCUUGCUUGUUUGGUAUUUCCAACUGGCCUAGUGACAGACGAGCCAGUCUGACAAGCGAUCUGUAAUACUGUGCUGGAAAAAAAGUCUGCUUUGGAUUCUAAAACUCAUCAGUACUUAGAGACAGACGGGCCCGUGGCUUUAACCAAUGCGGUCUCCAGAUAAACUUGCUUGAAGACUUGCCUUGCUGUGCGCAUGCCUGUCUCUGGCCCUCGAAUUAUGCUGACAGAAGCUCAGGGCUGGGUAGAUCCGCACUGUACCUUCUCCGUGACUCUGCAUCACCUGUGUUACCUUGCAGACUCAGAGAGAAUCCCCAAUCUCGCCUGCCCCGUGUCAUGGGCGGAGUCCUGCUUUGCAGAUUGGAUCUUGUCAGUGCGGCAUGUGCACACAUUUCCAUACGAACAAGCUAUAGUGGUUAGGAGACAAUAUCAUUGUUUUAGUAUUUAAUAAGUUAAG